CAGGAAGGGCGGGUGUGUGUGUCCCGGGCGGCCUCUCCUCUCUGUGUGUGUGUGCGUGUGCGUAUCUGUGUCUGUGUCAUAGUGACCUGGGUUCACCUGGGCUGUUCCGCCCCUGCUGCUGCUGCUGCUGCGCCGCCCGUCUGGACCUGUUGCAGCCAUUACCCCCGCCACAUUCAACAACAACGUACUAAUCAAUUUUCACGUGUUACGACGGGCCGCUGCAGUACGCCAUGACGGACGGCGCGAGUCCGGACGCUGCCAUGACCACGGUGCAGGUCCUGCCGGUGGUGGGCCAGACCUCAGACUUUACCGACGACGAGGACGACAACCCCACAGAGACGGAGAAAAAGCUGGCGGGUCUGCAGCUAAGCGGCUUCGUUGACGGUGAUGUGGAGGAUCAGGAGUCGACACCCAUCAUCCACUCCACGUCGCCAGUGUCGCCCGACGAGCCCGCCCACGCCGUCGUCCUCCCGCAGGCUCAUACCUUCUCCAUCAGCCAGCAGGGACACGACCACCAGGGGCACCGGCCUAACAGUGCUGAAUCGGUCGGGUCAGGGGAGGCCCCGUCGUCACUAGCGGGGAACCUGGACGACGGGCCCGAGGUGGAGAAGUUUGUGGUGGAACCGGCGGCCGAGGGCUCCCUUAUCAAGUGCCGCAUAUCCAGGGAUAGGAAGGGCAUGGACCGUGGUCUGUUCCCCACCUACUUUCUGCACAUGGAGAGAGAUGAUGGGAAAAAGGUCUUCUUACUAGCAGGCCGAAAACGUAAGAAGUCAGCCACCUCCAACUAUUUGAUCUCGGCAGACCCAACAGACCUGUCUCGCGGGGGAGAAUCCUUUUGUGGUAAACUUCGGUCAAAUUUGUUGGGGACACAGUUUACUAUAUUUGAUGGCGGCGAGGGGCGCAAGAAGACCAUCUCCUCCUCCUCUUCCACCACCUCCAACACCACCACAGUAGAGAAGGCUGGCUCGAGACAGGAGCUGGCUGCUGUCAUCUAUGAAACCAAUGUACUAGGCUUCAAAGGUCCGAGGAAAAUGACUGUCAUACUACCAGGAAUGACAGCUGACCACCAAAGGGUAGAGUUUCGUGCACAUGUGGAACAUGACAGUCUUAUCGAGCGAUGGAAGACUAAGAACAUGGACCAGCUAAUUGAGUUGUGUAACAAGACACCAGUAUGGAACGACGACACACAGAGUUAUGUUCUCAACUUCCAUGGGCGUGUCACUCAGGCCUCCGUCAAAAACUUUCAGAUUGUCCAUGAAAGUGAUGUUGACUACAUCAUUAUGCAGUUUGGUCGAGUAGCAGAAGACGUAUUUACCAUGGACUACCGGUACCCCAUGUGUGCUCUUCAGGCAUUUGGUAUUGCUCUCUCUUCAUUUGACUCAAAAUUAGCAUGUGAAUAAUGAAUCUAGUACUUUUAGCUAUCUCAUAACUUUUGGAUGAUGUAUGCAUAGGACUGUACUGAAUAAUAUGUUACGAUUCAAUUAGACUAUGAACAUUGGAGUGUAUGUAGGUAAAGCUGGAAGAGGGACUGGACACUACUACAUUGCCUAACGCCUUGUUCUUUCAUUCACACUAUAAGCUAAGGUGAAAUGUGAUGCUUGUACUUUGCUUAAGAGAUGUGUGCCAUUUUUACUAGGUAUUACAGACCUUACACUAAAACAAGAGUAUGUGUGCGUGUGUUUGUAGACAAUAAACAAUGAUAUAAACAAGUUUUUAUUGCAGAGAAUAAAUCACAAUAACAAGGCUUAUAAUACAACUCAAACCACACAUAUCAAAUGAACUAAAAGUGAUGAGGUUUUCAGUCUGUCCUGUACCCUAAGCAAGUCGUAACUGAGAAACACUUGUUCUCUUACGAUUUAUUAACCCUUAAACUGCGCAUGGCAUAUAUAUACGCCAGGGGCCUGAUGGUACCAUAAGUUAAAUUUUUCAAACUUGCUUUAACUCUUUCAAAAUUUUGUGCAUCAUCUACUAGGCAAACACUCCAACUUUGUCUAAAUGAUGAUCAACGUAACUUGAAAAACAAGAAAAUUAAAAAUAAUAAAAUUUAAUAUUGAAAAUUUCAGAUCAGCUGCAAAAAUAAUAAAUAUCGCCAAUUGUUCAUUAAGUGUUAUUAUGCUCAAUAGUAUAUGAUUUUCCUUUUAAUAGAUUUAGAAUAUAGAUUUUCAGUUUAGUUUACUGUAAAAAAAAUCGUCAAGAUGGCAUUUGAAAUAUGCACCAAAUUCAGACAACAAAAUUUAUAACUCAAAACAUUUUGUGUUUAUGAAAAAUCUAUCCUAUUAGGAGUGUAGAACAGACAGUGGUGCACACUAUAUGUAAAAAUGGUGAGAAUCAGUCAGAAACUGAAUUUUUUGAAGCUGACUCAAUGUUGAAACUCUAAUGAACAAAUCCACAAGGGCCGUGAAGAGGAUUCAAACCUACAUCCGAUAGUAUCCCAGAUG